AUGGGUGGAUCAUCAUCCCCUCCAUUCCUCUACGAUCCAGUCUCGCAGUGGUCAUUCAAUGACUACCACAGAGGGAAACCAUUCAAUCCCAAAGCCGUCACUCAAGCAAGCUGGACUCCGCGCCCGCAAAGCACCCCUCAAGAAGGGCCGCUGGUGAACUUCAAUCGCCAUCCAGACACGUUGGCUACACCUCGUCAAAACAGUCCCAUAAAACCUAUGAGCCGUCACACCAAGGCCCGGGUGACGCACACGAGAAGAUUCCAGCUUUUGCUCCGGAUCUUGUCACUGCUCGGAGCGAUUGGUAUUUUGUUUUGUGUAAUUUGUAUUAACCAUACGGACGUUUCUUUUGGAUGGAUAAUUCGCGUUGCACCAAGCGUUGCUAUUCUUCAUAAUAUCUAUGCCAUCUAUCAUCUUGUUCGCUCUGCCGCUAGCCGGCCUCCAGGCUCUUCGACGAGUUACCAUCUAUUCGCAUCUAUCAUGGAUGCGGGUUUAGUUCCUUUUUACGCUUUUAUUAGCUUCGUCGCACAUAAAGAGUUUCAUGAUGGUUACUACAACUGGGGAACUGUUUUCGAUGAUGAAAAGCUUGAACACUACAUUGUGGAAUCACUUUUCUACGCAAGUGCUGGCGUUGGAGGCUUGCAUCUUGUAUCACUGAUGAUUUCCAUUUACCUAGCAAUCGUUUUCAGGCAGAUCACGAAGCUGCCACCUGACAUGAACCCUUUAGAGGACAAUUUGACUGCACGCCCAUCUACACGGCGAAGCAAGCUGUCAAGGUCGGAACUCUCGGAGAAAAAGCAUAUGAGCACAAGUACAGUGGACUCGGCGUAUUUUAGUGUCAUGUCACAUCUUGAUGAUGUUAUAAAUGAGGUACCACAGCCGAUUCCUUUCAUGCACACCAGACAGCAAUCAUCCACUUCGUUGGCAGACCCUAAACGAGCUUCACGUACUUCUCUUCACUCCAACCAACAAUCAGCCCGUGUCUACAAUGGAGAAAAUCAACCAGCAUCACCGUCUCGCGCAGCAGUUCAAACUCCUCAAAAGAGCCCGUCUCGGCCUAGAUCGAUACUCGAAGACGCACCUGUACUUCGCCCGACAUCCAGUGGUCUCACGCCCAGUAACCUUCGCUGGAGCAGUCCAGUGCCAUCGGAAGCAUCAGCCAACUGGGUAAGCUACGAAUCGCCAGAAGAUGAGGAUGUCAUCAUCCGUGAAUCCAAGCCACCCAGCAGAUCCAAAAACGGCACACCGUUCCCUAUGUCCAAUGGUGCUAACGACUGGUUGGCUCCUGUGCCAAAAUUCGGUCGUGUUGAAAGCGGUAUACCACACAAUGAAGCUCGAGGUCAAUAUGCUGCCUUGGAGACAAAUGACGGCUAUGACAAUGAUGUACACUUUGACAUCAACAAAGACAGCCUCGAGGAAGAUAUAACGGAGUACCUCAACAGAGCCCUUGAUCCUCUAAGAAUGAAUCCUCCAACUCCUCAGCCUAAGGAAGAUGCAGAGAACACAAAUGCUGGAAGUAGGCCUUCAAGUCUUCGCCGCGCUGUUUUGGGCGAGAUCCCAGAUGUCUCCGCUGUUAGAAACAACACCAAUAUUGCUGACGCUGUCGUUGCGGAUGACACCGAAUUGCCAGCAUCCAAGCCAGCCAAGUUGAGGACUUUUGGCAGUCUGAGGCUGUGGGGAAGCAAAUCAAACAAAACCACUUAUGCAUCGGUCAAGGAAGACGAAGCUAGCGACAAUGAGAGUGAUAAUGAGAAUGAGGCAAGCCAGCCAGCCAGACUGAGAACUCCAAAACGACGAACGACUCAAAACACAGUAACUGAAAAAGAAGCCGACCGAAAGGGACGAGUCGUCAGUAACUCAGGCAUCGACUUGGGCAGCGCAUACCAUACUGGUAUGGACUCAGAACAGUACAGCGAAUACAUCUCCACGCUAGGAGUCGGUCGCAGACGCGACGUCAGUGGUAAAAUCGCUGAAGAAGGACGUGGUGGAAUUGCCGAAGUGACAGAAACCCCCGAAGUUCCGAGAACACCGGAAAAGAAGCAAAACACCACUCGCGCUGCAGGAUGGGCUCGUUUUGCAGGCCUGUGA